AUGUUUGAAGAAGCCCCAUCACAGGAUUAUCCCUUGGAUGUGUACAAAUUAUUGGAAAUCAUGCCGGAUUUAUCCAUUGAGUAUAUCAACGUUAAGUAUGAAGAAUGUCAUCAUGACUUCGAUAUGACCUUGAAUAACCUUGUAGGGGUGGAUAAGUUGAAGAUUAAAGAUCAGUAUGACAUUAAAGAUUUAUGGACGAAGUUAGGGGAAGUCACAGGUAUAGAUACUUCAAUAACCAGAAGAUAUUUGGAAGAUAAUGAAGGUGAUUAUAUAAGGGCAUUGAUCCAAUUGGUGAGUAAUGAAGUCAAGUUGGAAGAUACACAAACGUCAAGAAUACAAAGAGGUAGAAAAGCCAAAGUCAGUACUAAGAGUAUUGAAACCAUUCACAAAUCUGACCCUCAAGUACGACAAUUAGAUUUGACAUUUUGUAAGAAACUCAUGACAGUGCUAGGAGAUCUAGAACAAGCUUUGGUUUAUGUAGAGAUGAUUUGUGAUUUCGGGUAUCAAGAACUAACGUUUCACAAACAAAUAAUCAAAGGUCCAAUAUUAAAGGAUCGUCAUAUGACUGGAUCAUCGCAGGUUUCAUCCAUAAAGCUAACAGGAGCUGCCAAACAAGUUUUGAAAGAGCCAAAAACUGAAUGGAUCACUGUGAAACGAAAUUAUAAUGAACCCAAUAUCAAAACUGUUUCCUCACAUGAUUCGCUAGGGAAUCUACAAUCCAUAGGGAAUUUACAAUCCACAGGGAAACUAGAUCUUCAUGGUUUUACUUCAGACACAGCAGUAUCGAUAGUAGCUCAAGUGACUAAUGAAUGGUGGGAUCAGGAAUUAGAUGGCCGUUUAAAAGAAGGAAAGAGAACAUAUGGUAAGAAAGCCGAAAUAAUGGAACCUCUAAAAAUCAUCACCGGUCGAGGAAUCCACUCUAAAGAAGGAUAUUCAAAGAUCAAACUACAAGUAGGAAGGUAUUUGAAUGCCAAAGGAUACGUCUAUGAAGAACAGCCGGGGAAUUAUACAGUUAUAGGGAAGAAAUAG